CGGCGGCGAGAAACAGCCCGCCCCUUUUCUCAUUGGUCAGACCGCCGGCCAAUCCGCGAGCCGGCGUGCCUCGGCGACGUCCGGAAGUGACGAGAGCGGAUGUUUUGGAAGGGGAGCCGGGAGGCGGAAACGAGACUGCCGCGGACGAGUCCGGCCGCCAAGAUGGCGUCCUCCGCGUCGGCCGGGAAGCGGACGGUGAAGCAGGACGAGCUGCGGCGGCUCAUGAAGUCCGAGAAGCAGCGGCUGAGCGCCAGCCGCAAGCGGGUGGAGUCCCCCUUCGCCAAGUACAACCGCUUGGGGCAGCUGAGCUGCGCGCUGUGCGGCGUCCCCGUGAAGAGCGAGCUGCUGUGGCCCACCCACGUCCUGGGGAAGCAGCACAAGGAGAAGGUGGCCCUGCUGAAGGGGCCCAAGGGGCCCGGCCCGGGGCCCGCGCCGCCUCCGCCUCCGCCACAGCCGCCGGCCAAGAGAACCGGCCCCGAGCCGGAAGGCUCCGGCGCGAAGAGAGCGCGAGCCGGCGGCCCCCAGGCCUCGGCCCCGGCCGCCCCCGGGCUGCCCGUGGACUUCUUUGACUCGGGCGCGAAGGAGGCGCCCCCGGAGGCCCCCCGGAAAGCGUCGGGCCUCAGCUUGCUCCCAGACUACGGGGACGACGACGAGGAUGAGGAGGGGGAGGGGGAGGAGGAGGGAGGAAAAAGCGAGGCCCCAGCCCCGGCCCCCGCGCAGGAGGCGGCGCCCAGCGCGCUGCCCCCCGACUUCUUUGACCAGGACGCCCCGGCGGCCCCAGCCGUCUUCCACUCGGGGUCCAUCCAGAAGGCCGAGGUGCAGGAGAAGGUGGUGGAGCGGCGGGAGAACACGGCCGAGGCCCUGCCCGAGGGCUUCUUCGACGACCCCGAGGUGGACGCCAAGGUGCGCAAAGUGGACGCGCCCAAGGACCAGAUGGACAAGGAGUGGGACGAGUUCCAGAAGGCCAUGAGGCAGGUGAACACCGUUUCCGAGGCCAUUGUGGCCGAGGAGGACGAGGAGGGCCGCCUGGACCGGCAGAUCGGGGAGAUCGAUGAGCAGAUCGAGUGCUACCGGCGCGUGGAGCUGCUGCGCGACCGCCAGGACAUCCUCAAGAGCCGGCUGAGGGCGGCGCUGACGCUGCGGGAUCGGCAGCGAAAGGAGGACGAGAGCCCGGACAGCGACGACGAGGGCGAGCUGCAAGACCUGCUCUGCCAGGACUGGAGGGUGAAGGGCGCCCUGCUGUGAGCGGCCCGGCUGAGAUGCUGUGAGAAGCUGUGAGAAGCGACCAGGCAGCUGGGGGGAUGUGGCGCAAAGGGGCGGUUCUGCACUCAAAUGUUUGAAAACUUUCCUGCAUACCAGAAGUUUUCCUCUCAAUAGUCUAGGUCUGAAAUGCAAAAUCGUUUUAUACGAGCCUUGUAAGCUGUAAAUGUUGUACAAAGUUAAAUAUAUUUGCUAUUGAUAUUUCUAAUUUAACAUUCCUAGACUCCAGUUCCUGUGGCAGAACUACUAAAUAAGGGGGGGAAUGUCAGUGCCAAGACAAAGCUUAUUAAUAGAUUGAGGGCUUUACUUUUCCCCAUGUAUGAGAAUUUCAAAGACAGUGACAAAUAUAGGCAUUGUCAUGUUAAGUCACACACAUUAGCUGUGCAGUUCAGUGUUCAUCUGACAGUGGUAUCAAAGGGCCCCAGAGGAAAUAUUUGAGGCUGUGUGCUCAAACGUUUCCAGGUUUCUUUAAUAACCUAUUAAGUUAUCCAAUCACUAACUUACCUCAACACCUUUUUGAACCUAUUAUAUUUGUACCCUAUACAACUUUUUGAGGUAAUAGGUUCCAUAAAUUUACUAUCUGUGCUGUAAAGUAUUAACUGCAUUUUAUUUGUUCCCAACUACAGACGUGUUUUUUAUGAUGAGAACUUACCUCCACUGUUAACAACAGGUUGUGUACUUGGAGUUGCCUUUUGAGUAGUAAUGACAGGCUUUGUGUUGGGCCAGCCACAUUUUCAUUAGCCCUUAUGUGACCACUCAAGCAUUUGCAAGAUGUACUCAGUGUAUAUGUAACAAUACCAAAUACUCAAAGUCCAAAGAAUUAGCCUUGUAGGAGCCCAUGUCUCUAGAAAUUGGGAGACAAACAGGUUUGUCUGGCCUUUUUUUUUUUUUGAGCAAAUGCUCAAAAAUUAUGCUAGAUGUAUAGUACUAUAGAAGCAAAUAAAGAAGAAGAGGCCUGGCAUGGGGUAAAAAAAAAUGUUAGUGGCAUUAGGCUGUUGUUCUUUGCACCAUAUAUACUACCUCUGAAUUCAGUUGAGAUUUUGCAAGGUUUAAAUAAAUGUGCUUGAAUUGUGAAAGGGCUUCCACCACCCCCAGUGAGGACUGCCCUCCCAUCCCAUAUGUGAA